UACAGAGCGCGCGGACAUAAUGGCUCCCACGCCCUGACGAGUGCCCUACGUGCGUAAUAAAGAGUGUGUUGGGAGGGUCGGUCUAAAUUUAUCCUUUGAUUAAAAGAGGCUUUGCGUUUUUCUGGAGAUCUGGCUCGAUCAGGCUACGUUUUGUUUGCUUUUUGGGUGAAUUUGGUAUCUUUUCUGUUAGCUUUCGAGGAAAUGCUUUGAUCCCAUGCAGUCCUGGUGGUGCACUGCUUUAUUGCAUUAGUGUACUCUGGCCUGUUAGUGUGUGUAAGAGAAAGAGAUAGAGAGAGUGAGUGUGUGUGUGUGUGUGUGUGUGUGUGUGAGAGAGACAAUGCAGGACAGGAGGCUGCAGGGAUAAAUGUGUGCAGGGUUUCAUGGGCACUGAUCAGAUGUCCAUGUGUAGAGUGUAGUAGAGGCUGCUGUGGAUCUAAACUCUGUUCAUCUCUCUCCCUUUCUCUAUCUAUAUACAUAUAUAUAUCUAUUACAUAUCUAUAUAAUAUUACUUGUAAUGGAUUUCCCCUUCGACCUGAACUCUCUGUUCCCGGAGAGGAUCUCAGUGCUGGAUCACAACCUGUGUGCUGCCAGGAAACCUCAUGCAAGACCUGACGCCCAGAAUCAGACUGCCGCUGUUAUUGAUGAGUUAGGGAAAGCCUCAGCUAAGGCCCAGAAGCUUCCUGCUCCGAUAACGAGUGCCGCUAAGCUUCAGGCCAACAGACAUUACCUCUACCUGCUGAAGGACGGAGAGCGGAACGGAGGCCGCGGAGUUGCAGUCGGAUACCUGAAAGUCGGAUACAAGAAGCUCUUUCUGCUUGACCAGCAGGGGGCGCACGUGGAGACCGAGCCUCUGUGUGUGCUGGAUUUCUAUGUGACCGAGAGCUUGCAGAGACACGGAUACGGGCUGGAGUUGUUCCACUUCAUGCUGCAACACAAGAAGGUGGAGCCUGAGCAGAUGGCUUAUGACAGACCUUCCUCGAAAUUCCUGGCCUUUCUAGAGAAACACUUUGAACUUAAACACAGCGUGCCUCAGGUGAAUAACUUUGUGGUGUUUGAUGGCUUCUUCAGGAACAGAUCAGCGGCCCAGUUGAGAAAAGCUCCUCCAAAAAAGCCAGAGGGAGAGAUCAAACCGUAUUCGCUAAUGGAGAGAGAGGCUGUGAGAGAGGAGCAGAAGGCCCUCCCAUGGCCGUUCGUCCGCUCCACGGCCGUUCCUCAGUCCCCUCCUCUGGCGGCAUCCUCCCCGUUCUCCCGCUCCCUGAGCGUGGGCUCGUCCCCCAGCCACACUACUCGCCCGCAACCUCACAUUCCUCCGCACAUGGCCGAGAACUGCAGGACAAAACGCACCAGCGCUCAGGGUUUGGUUGCCAGAAACAACCUCUACAGUCGCCAUGUGAACAGCAGAGGUCUCGGGCUUUUAAUGACGGAACAGCUGAAGCUUCCAGGGUUGAAGCCAGUUCUCAGUGAGAGGGUGUGUGACGCAGGGGAAAAGGCUGACGCACUGGGACACACAAACACACCACAAAGUGCACAUCUCCAGGGCUCGUCUGUGUUCCUUCCACCGCUCCCGGCUGUUAUCAGGCAGCAGGCCUCGGACCAGGAGGCCCGAAAUGACGCGAGCGGUGCACCGGAUACCGGGACAGCACCGAAUCUGAGGCACGGGGAACGAGCAGAGAGAGACGGAUGGUCCUGGACGGUGAAUGAAAGGCGAUGCACGGCUCAGUGGGUCAGACAGAAACACGAGUUCCGCAGCACGCGGCCGUGGUGACAGAAUAAAAGAAAAAAAGAGAAGCUGGAUGGAGAUCAGAGACGAGAAGGGGAAAUCGAGGACAUGCAGGGCGGCGGGGGGAGGGACGAAGCAAAACAAAUCAGGGAUAAGAAAAGCAGAAGACGAAGAGCUUCCUGUAGAAAGCUGGAUAAGAAGCCAUAAAUCAGACGAGAUUGAGCAAUGUGGCAGUUAGAGGUUUUGUAGCCAUGUGUUAAAUGCCGCCAUUUUUGUAACUAUUUAAAGCAGUAUUAUGUCAAAUCAGGGAUUUUUUUUUUCUAUUUCACAAUAAACUAAAACCAAAUGGAUCCACUGGGGCAACUUUAUUGUUAUUUGUGUGUGUGUGUGUGUGUGUGUGUGUGUGUGUGUUUUCUUCUUCUCACCAGCACUACCUACUGUGAAUUCCAAGGAAACGGGACAUAAUCAGAUCUUUAUAGGACAGACAGGGUAAACAUCCCCAGUUUUCCCAUUCAAACAUCCUAAACAACAUUUUAGAGUUCUACAGACAAGGAAAAAAAACCUCUCAGGGCUUGUUAAGCAGCCAUUAAGUUCGGCAUUCGACAUUUAAUCCAACGUACUUGUUGAAAAGCCUAAAUGGCCGAGUCAGAGAUUUGGGAUUUGCAGUUAAUGCAGCGAAUACGGUAACAAUUACAGCACUUUUACAACUGGGAAAUCCUUGAAAGCCAAUCUUGUUCUGUAUAAAAUUCACUUGUGUAUCCGCCUGCACUAAUGGAGGCAAUGACAUUAAAAAAGAAAACGAAAAAAAAAAAA